UGCCCAGGGUUUUAAGCCAACCCAAGCCUGAAAACUUUGAAGAGUAUAAGCUUGACCUCUACAAUAACGCUGGAGUACAUUAUUGUAUCAGCAGCAUCUCGCUCGUAGCCAUGAUGACGACGAGAAAAGUGGCCGCGGCGGGAGGCGGGGAGGCGGAGGAGAUGAAGCGGAGGAACGCCGAGCUCGAGAGGGCGGCGGCGGAGGCGGCGGCAAGGGAGGAUCGGCUGCGGCGGGAGCUGGAGGCGGCCCUGGCGCGGCUGGCCGUGGCCGAGGAGGCCGAGGAGCGCCUGUGCGUGCAGCUCGGCGAGCUGGAGGCCGAGGCCGUGGAGCAGGCCGUCGAGUACCAGGAGCGUGUCAGGGCGCUGUCCGAGCGCCUCGCCUUCCUUGACGGCGUGCUCAGAUCGUCCGGGAUCCGGGGCUUCGCCGCCGGCGUAACGACGAUGGAUUAAACAAUCGAGAUGUACCGUCAUCGGUGUAUGUCAUCGCCGAUAAAACCGGCUGCUCCUCGAGUAUCGAUGACGGGUGUGUAGAGCUGUACAUUUUGUUAUUUCUAUCCUCAAUAUUGAUUAAGUGUGUAUAUUGUCCGGAGUUGUAUAUUAGCUUGAGAGAUGUGCUCCAUUCAUCCAUCCUAUAAUAAACGUACUUGUAAAUUUAAAAUUUGUGCCAAGAUAAUUACGUCUCUAAGAAUACAAUAUAACAUAUGACUCUA